GCUGCAUUGAGAUACAUUGAGAUACAACAUCUUGACUCACAUGGCGUUGCCAACCAAGGGACGAGUGAUUGUGGAGACUACUGUUGGAGAGCUCGACAUCGAACUGUGGUCCAAAGAAGCCCCCAAAGCAUGCCGCAACUUUGUACAGCUGGCCAUGGAAGGUUAUUAUGACGGUGUCAUCUUCCAUCGUGUGGUCCCGGACUUCUUAGUUCAAACUGGAGAUCGGACGGGAACAGGCGGAGGUGGCGAAUCCAUAUACGGGGAACCGUUCGAGGACGAGAUUCACCCUCGUCUACGCUUCACUCACCGUGGCCUCGUCGCAUGCGCAAACAAUGGCGACAAGAAUUCUAAUGACUCCCAAUUCUUCAUUACACUAGACAGGGCUGAUGAACUCCACGGCAAACACACACUGUUUGGCCGAUGCAUUGGAGACACUAUAUACAACGUCUUGAAAAUCGGCGCGACGGAAAUCGACAAGAACGGGCGACCAACAUACCCGCCCAAAAUUAGGACAAUCCGGAUAGUUGAUAACCCCUUUCCAGAUAUUGUUCCCCGUAUCACGGCUGAGGAAAAGAGGGCACAACAGAAGGCGCGCGAAGCUGCUCAGCAAGAGCGGGAGGAGGCUGCUCGUCGAAAGGGAGCCAAAAAAGAUGUAAAGCUGCUGAGCUUCGGUGAGGACGAAGGCCUAGAGGAGGAAGAACCUGUUGUACUUAAGAAAAGGCCGAUCGUGCGGCCGGACUUGGUCGACAAUCCGGAUGCUCGUGUGGUCACGGAGCUACCGGACUUCAUCGCAGCACCUCUCAGUAAAGCAGACAAACCCAGCAAACUUGAGCCUGAAGCAAAGCCGGGGAAGUCUGCCAAGGCAGCCGAUGCUGUCGACAUUACCAAGAUCCGUGAGCAACACGCACGGGAACAAGAUAGCAAGCUCAAUUCUCGCAAGGCCGAGAUUGAAAAGAUGGAAGCGGACAUCCGCAAGCUCGCGAGAAGGACAGGUGACGAGAGUGACGACGAGCCGGCGCGGAAGAAACCCAAGAAAUCCUAUCUCGACGAAGAGUUGUCGAAGUAUGCCAAGGGCAAAGGAAUCCACAGCAAAAAGGUUCAGGGUAAAAGGAAGAAUGAAGGCGAUAUCCUCGCUACUCUGAACAAAUUCAGAUCUAAGCUUCAACAGAGUUCGGUCGAGGAUAAAGGGGACGAAGCUGGUGAAGACGAGACGGAUGCCGCAGGAGCUCCACAAGCUACCGGCGAGGACCCUGGGGUGGAGGUCGACACGGAUGCCGGAUUCCUUGGUCACCUGCUGCAUUUCCCGAAGGACAACUCGGAAGAAGUGCAAAAAGCUGAGAGAGACUACGAGGUGAUCGAUCCCCGGGCCCGAGGUGCGCGCGCUAAGGAGGAGGAGCGAGAGCGGAAACGCGCUUCCAUGAGGGGCAAGGGCGCGCAAGGCGCACGGCACCGAAGGUGAUUGGAGGAUAAACGUCGAGUCGUGCGGUGGGAUGGUGGGGCCUAUGUUGGGGAGGCGCACUGCGGGACCGAAUGCCAUAUCUAAUGAACCGGACCGCCGUCUCCCCUCCUCUCUCGUAACGAUGACGGUGGUGUGUCGCCGCCUCCCGCGUCGCUAAUCAUGGCAUGGCAUUGUCGGUAUACGGGCAAACACUCACGCCAUGCCGUAUCGGUCGGCAAGAUCGCUGAGAGAAGGACGGCGAGCUUGAUGGAUUGGGAUGAACGUCUGUCCACGUCGUCGAGUACGACUUCGCGCUCUGUUGCUUUUCGUGUGGUCCUUUUCGCCGCAUCGGCAUCUGUAUAUAACUUAUGUAUCUCCCGUCGGCUCCGACGCGCUGCACGCACCUGCUGGU